AGUAGCUCGUUUAAACGAUGGCAGGGCGCGAAUUUUGUAAAACUUUUGGCGCGCUGCUCUCAUCAACAAAAGCUUCAUCAACGAUACUGUGCAGAGCACAAGCGACAAAAACUUUCAAAAUGUCUCUGGUGACAAUUCCAGGCAUGGAUGUUCACAGCGUUGUGAAUUUAAGAGGUCAAAUUCAGGUGAUGUAAUGUUCAAGAUGGCGUUUUAAAGCUAUAAUUUGCGUUCAUUGAAAUUUACAAGGUAAUGAGAGCUCAUUCUUUGUGUUUUGUCUCUUCAUCUUGCAGGUCAUCUUUGGGCCAAUGUUUUCGGGAAAAACGUAAGUAUAAAUCUAUCGCUUUCACCGAAAAAUGCUUUAUUGUGGCCGUAAACUCAAGGUAUAUGUGCGGUCACACUUUUGCACGUGUUUAUGCUAUGACCUGAAUGGUUCGUCUUUUAGAACUGAGUUAGUCAGACGAAUCAAGCGAUACCAAGUAGCAAACCAUCCGUGUAUGGUGAUCAAAUACGAGAAGGACAACCGCUAUGACACAGACGGUGUAGCAACACACGAUAGGUAAGAUCCCUAUUCAAUCAAACAGAGAGAGGUUGAAUUAUGAGACAUUCUAACGGAGGCGCCACUUGAUUAUGGAAACCUACAGUUUACCUGGAUGCCAUUGGAAUAUUCUUAGCGGACACGUAACAAGUGUGACAAGUAGUGUAACAAGUGCGUUCACCUAGCUAAAAGGCGCACAGGAGAUUUAUCUUCAGCUGGACUUUGACUGCAAAUAUGCUAAUCGCCAUCCUCAAGAUCACGCGAACUGUGCGUACUCCAACAUGAAAGGAAUUUUCAGGGAAAAGGAAGGUGUUGCAUAAGCUCUCAAUUAAUUAAUUGAUAAUUUGCGAAGAGAUCCUUUGUUUUCGGCUUUUCAAAGUAAAAAUGUAUCUGUAGGAAUUUCAAAGUGGAGAAAAAGCUAGUGGGUAGGGUGCGGUUCUUUUUUUUUUUUUUUUUUUUUUUUUUUGUGAGCUAAGCAGGGUAAAAUCCACUCUGAUAAUGAAAAAAUAUGUAUUGUGUAUUUUUCAGGCAAAGCCUCAGAGCCUCUGCUUGUUCAGUGUUAGCAGAUAUCAAGGAAAAAGCUAUAGAUUAUUCUGUUUUGGGAAUUGAUGAAGGACAAUUUGUAAGUCUUGCAUUUAUCAUUUUUCAAAGAUUGUCUGCUCCAUGCAGGUAAACAAUGUUAAUCUUUUCGUGAAUUUGAAACCAUUAUUAACUGUUAUUCAUAUCCUUUCCAUAGUUUCCAGACAUUGUAGAGUUCUCAGAAGAAAUGGCCUCUCUUGGUAAAACUGUUAUAGUUGCUGCAUUAGAUGGAACCUUUCAAAGGAAGGUUAGGAAUAUAUUUAUAUGCAAUGAACCCUUCAGCACUUUAGAGUAUCAUGUUUAAAUCAAACAUUUGUGUCAUAAAUAAAGGAGAUGAGGCUCUAGAUUGAUAAACAACAGUUAAUUACACCCUCUUACUUCAUGAAUGAUACACAGAUAUAGGGAUAAACUUUGUUCGUUGUGAUUAUCAUCACAAGUUUAUAGGAUCUUGUAAAUAACUUAAAAAGAAACAUUUGUUCAAUCUGAACAGGCUUUUGGAGCUGUGCUGCAACUUGUUCCUCUUGCAGAAAGUGUUGUCAAACUUAAUGCAGUCUGUAUGCAUUGCUUCAAAGAUGCUGCAUUCACCAAAAGACUAGGGGAGGAGACAAAGGUAUUAAGUAUUGAUAUUAAUAAGCUUGCUCUGGUUUCCAUCACAUGAAACAAAGAAAUAAUAUUGCUACUUUCCAUGGAUGGCAUGGUAAUUUAUCACAUGUUACAUCCUACAGUAGCAGUCUGACAGCUUUUGGUGAUGAAUGUCCAUUACCCUUUCCACCCUAUUCCUUGUUGGAGGCUGUGUGUCUUGUGUCUCAUACAAAAACAAACCUUUAUGACCCCAGAAAUUAAACCCAGACCUUGCUAUUUUAAGUCAAGUCACUAGUGUGCUGAUAUUUUAAGUUACCAUGUUUCACAGAAUUAUGGUCAAGUCGCCAACGGUUCAACUUGCCAACGCCAACACCAACUCACCAACAUAUAAAAUCAAGUAGAGAUGUAGGUAAGUUGGUCUUCAAUCCAGCACAACUUAUUAGAAGUUAAACAUAAAGAAAAGUAAAAGAUCUUUAGUAAAAAUACAAUUUUUUUCUUUCAAAGUUGAUAAGUUUUUAAGGAUCUCAAGGCAAAUAAAGCAAGGGGAACAUCACUAAUGACCAAAAAAGCUUUAGACGUAAAUGAGCUAUAACUUGUUCAUGUCUGAAGCUUUUGCAGUCAUUGGUGAUGUUAACCUUGCUUUAUUCGCCAUGAGAUCCUUAUAAACUUUGUUGGAAGGAAAAAAAUUGUUUUUUUUUUUUCUAAAGAUCUUUUACUUUUCUUUAUAUUUAACUUCUAAUAAGUUGUACUGGAUUGAAGACCAACUUGCCAACAUUUCUAUUUGAUUUUAUAUAUUGGCAAGUUGGCAUUGGCGAGUUGAACCGUUGGCAAUUUGACUGGAUACCAUUUCACAUGAUACUUAUGAAAAGUGAGCUAAGAAAUCAUUUUUAUAUUAAUUGUUAUUAACUGUUUCUUGAGUAAAAAAUAAUUUCUUAGUCAACAGAACACAUUGUAGCCCACACUUCUAGUGCAUUAAUAAUGUCAGAGGUUUUUAGUUAGCACCUAAUUUGUUUUAUCCAUCAACCUUUGGCAGCUAUUUUAAAUUGAGUAUUGAUACAAUUAUGGUAUUGAUGUAUGUUACAACAGGGGCUUACCUUCCAGAGGGCUUCAAACAUUAACCAGACAAUUUGGUCUAUGAUUGCAUCCCCAGGUUGAGGUUAUAGGGGGAGCGGAGAAAUACAUGGCUGUUUGUCGUGAUUGCUAUCAGUUCUCAACUGUCCAUCAAGUGUUAGGUGGGGCUCCAAUAAGGGGGAGCUUUCAUUAAUCAUAACAACUUAUAUUGUGUUAAAGCUAAUAUUUUUUUUACCUAUAUUCUCAUUUGAAGCUUUGAACAAUGCACAUAAUUAUAGCAAACUUAAAACAGAAAUCGUGGGUUUAACUGCCAAGCAGUGAUUUCAGAAGUUUUAUAAUAAUUUUAUGGGAAAAGAGAGUAAAACAAUUUGUUUUUAUGGUCAGUUUGAUCAUGCUGAGAUUUGUCUGCAAGUAUUUGUAAAUAGCUUUGUUUACAUGAUCACUGCACACACAAAAGAUAUUUAAAACAUUAAACAAAGACGUACAUUAUUGCUGAAGGGACAGCAUUAUGAAGUUUAAGUAUAGUUUUGUCUACUACUACAUUAUCGAAAUUUGGUAGCUCUAUUUAAGGAGCACUUUCUCCUGGCUGAGUGUGUCUGUGACUUUUCAUACAUUUUACCCAAUUCUUAGGCCACAAUUAAAUUAUCUUUUGUAAAGUCAAAAUUUUGUCUUUUGAUAAGGUUGCCACAGAUAUGAAAAAUAAAAGAAUUUAUUGUAAUAAGACAGAUUGCCAUAUAAUUUCAUAAAAGUUUGGGAAGUCUCUGUGCACUUUCAUUGAAAGUUUGACAUAUCAUUCAAUCACCUUAAUAAAUUAAUGGAAAUUCUUUGGAUGUCAUUGAAUUUUAAGAAAAAGAAUUUAGAUCUCAUUUAUGACUCCCUUUCUGAGCUGUGUGCUUGUGAUUCUUAGCCUCAAUGCUUUCUCAUUAGUCAGUUUGUAAAGGAUUACAUGUCCCUGGAGCCAUGGAAGGCUUUUCAUUAAGUAGUUAGAGACAUUUUUACUGGUUGCAUGUUAAUAUUCAAUCAAAGUCGCUAAGUUUUAUUAAUGUCAGGUAUCUUUAUAAUAGAUUUUGAAUCAUUCUCAUUUCACAAUAUGUAAAAACUUUUUUGUAAUAAAAGCUACUGAAGUUAUUCUUGAAAGUAAUCAAUUGAAAGGACCUUUAAAGGGAAUGGAUCCUUUUUUAACAGAGUGCACUUUCAAAUUCAACUGGAAAGACAGUGGUAUCUAAAAAAAUGCAAGUUUCAUUCUGUUUCAAAAUAAAUGUUGAAAAGGUAAAGGAAACCAGCUCUGGAAUCAGAUGUUUAAAUUAUUGCCUGUUUUGUUUUUUUCUCAGAUACUAAUAAAGAGGCUUAUCUUACUCAAUACCAAGGCCUUAUUUAUAAAAUUAAAAUAAAUUUUUGGAGUACACUUUUCUAUUACAUCCUGUAGAUGAUUGAAAGAGUAACGUGACAAUUUCAAUGUUAUCCAGCAAAUAGGUGACAGAACAGACUGUAGAGCAACUUGGAAGGAAAAUUACAGGAUCAAAUGCAAGUCUUCACUGCUAAACUUUAACUCUAAAGAUCUAAUCGUUAAUUCUCCUCUCUAGCCACAACACAUUACCUUGCAAAUUAGUUACAAGAAUUUGAUGUUGGAUCAAGAUAAUAAGUUUGAGUAUUCUCAUUACCGAUUUGCUGGAUAACAUGGAUAUUGAUAUACAUUCAACUCACUAUCUCUUUUCUCAUUGGCCAAAAGCAUACAUUGAAUUUUCAAAAUCAGCACCCAGGAUGUUAACUAUCUGCAGGUUAUAAAGUAAUCAUAUCGAGGACACUAAAGGUCUCAGGUAAUCUUGUCAUAUGUGAUUGCAGUGCACGAUUUCUAUGGAUAAUCAUGUCAAGUUCGUGCACUUUGUGUUGCUUUCUGAUUUGUAUAUUUUUACACAGU